UGUCUUUACGCGUCUUCUGUACUCUGCAUCAAUAUACAACCAUUCUCCAGCCUUCAGCAUCACUUUCGACGACAGUCAGUAUGAUUGUCUGUGCACAUCUUCCACCUCCUUGACCCAAUCGAUCGCAUCCCCUUCAGCAACCCUCAAAAAAUAUGUCCAAGUCCGGUAAUUUGGCCGCAUUAUCGGCCAUCCUGAAUACCUCAGACACCCCUACAGUCUUCUACGCCGAAGACCCUCCAUAUCUACCACGCAUCCUCAUCUUCUACUACCCUGUACAAGCUGUGGGUUCUCUGGCCUCGACCUCUCGAAUCCGUACAACCAUCCUCAGUGCAGCCGGCUUCAAGAGCUAUGGGGCUUUCUCUGUGGCACCUAACAGCAGCUACUAUUCUGCUGUCCACAAAUUACCCGAAGAUAAACAGAGAGACGAUGUCUGCCGUGCUAUUGCUUUCGCUCUAUGUCGAUAUUUCUCCGAGAUAUCAAGCGAUGUGAAGAAUGCCAUUGCGGAUGAGAACCUACACCAUGGGAUAGCUUUGAAAUGGGGACAGUCACAUGCUGCGCAGGUCACUUGCCGAAUGAGCAGGGUUAUAAACACAGAAGAAGUCAUCGAGGCACUUCGUCCAUUUUCAAAAGACAGACCAUCAAGCCCCCAGACUCCCGUCAAAACAGCUGCCAUCAAGCCGCUUGCAUCGAUCAGGAAGACCAGGCCGUCAUUUCUGCCCCAGGAUUCCGGCAAUGUGCCUUCUAGCCGUGUCAAUGCACUUACGCCUGCGAAGAGGAGGAUACCAAGCAGUCAGACCAGGUCUCCUUCGGCAUCGACUCCGUCAAAUCGAAAAGCUAGUGCUGCACUCGUGCCAAAAUAUUCACUGGAACAACUCGAGUCUUUACGUUUCAAAAUGUGCGAAUUCGUCGACACCGAAGACAGAUACAUCACACGUCUGCAGGAGUUAAUAGAGCUUGUCACCAACCAAGGCCGGACACCGAAAUCCUUGAGCUCAAAAUUGUCAAAUUCACGUAGCCAGAAAGCCGUGAAUGCAAUGAUCCAGUUCCCAUCUCUGCUCGAUCAGAUCAAGGACCUCAACCUGGCCUUUUUGGACGACAUCGAGACCGCGCUGCAAGGCUCAGAAGAUGCUGCUUUGACCUUUUUGGACCGCGCCUCCCACGACCCUCAGCUCCUACAAACGGCAAAAGAUCCAAUGGGCAUAUCCAGUUUCGCUAAGGUCUUGCUGAACCACUUUCCAAAAUUUCUUGUGCCGUACAGAGACUAUCUCGACCUCCAUUCCCAAGUCGCUUUGAACCUGGAUCAGUUCUUGAAAGAAGGCACAAUGUCGGCACAACAAGCACCGUCCCUGCUUAUGGAGCCAGCUCAGCGUAUUUCGAGAUACGGUCUGUACAUUGACACGAUGCUUCCACACGUGCCCACGAACUUCACAGUUGCGACGAGAACAUUGGAGAAGGCUCGCAAGAUCAUCGCCGAGAUCUGCGAGAUGGAACCGGCAGCCUCCACGAUUCUGGACUCGCUGAGCAUUGAGCACGAAGCACGAAGGAAAGUUCUAUCUCCCACGAAGCUCCUGUCAGGACUGACACGAUCCACGGGGACAAUCAAAGAAGCAUCAGCCAUGAGUGGCAGUAUCAAAAACCGCGACGGACCUCGCUUCUUCCCCAGUCUGGGCAGGAGCCUGAGUCGACGAGCAAAGACAUCACGACCUGGGCUCGCUGGUAUACUGUCGGAGCAGGACCCAGAGCAAGUCAGCAAUGUCCGCUCGGACGAAAACCGACCUCUCACCUCAAGCUCCGGUCUGUCUUCAUCUGGGUCUGUCAUGAAACGGCCGUUGACGGCAGGCUCGGCUGGUACGACUGUCAGCAACCACCGCUCUCCGCUGAGUCCGAAUCCUAGAAAUGCCACAGACUCGAGACCAGUCGGCGACAAGGUCAGUAUUGAGCAUUUCAAGGCGGAGUUAAUGCGCGUGGAAGAGGAGAAUUACAAGCUCCUCCAAGAGAACGCAGAGCUGAAGAGGUUAAUCCGGGAAUGUAAAUGUGGUGGUGCUGCUGCUGCGAAGCGCUGAUAUUGAUGGCGAUGUUGCUUCUCCGUCAGCAAUAGCAGCGGCAGGGCGAAAAUAGUAAGGACCAGCGUCUACGCUUGGUAUUGAUGACUUAUGAGGAUUGGUUACGACAACACUGCAUUUGGGUUGGUUUUGCAAAAUCUUGUUCGGACCGUGUAUUUCUACAUAGU